CCUCACUCCCUCUGAGCUCGCAGAUGAGGUUCACCGCUACGCCUCAGUCACGUGGCUCUCCUCAUGGAAGGGUUUGCUUUCUGCGGCUCGUCAGCAGAGCCAGCGGGGUUGAGGCUGAGAUGUGAGAUGCAACUCAGAGGGACUCGCUUAUAGAGGCAAAGUUAUGGCACGGUCAUCCUCUGAGAAAAAGGCCCCGCAGCAAUUUUUCUCUGCCAAAAAGUCCCUCGCUGGUGACGCGCAAGCCUCCCUGGGACGCACAACUGCGGAGCGAGAAGACUCCAAAUUACGCGUCAAAUUAAACUAAAAAUAGGGGCUGAAGCGCAUCUACUGAAGGAUAUUUCAGUGUUAAGUUGAGUGAGAGGCACAAUGCAACAGGCCUGUGACGUGAAGAUAAAUAAUAGCUCACAGCUCCACAAGGUCUAACACUAAUCUUGAGGCAGCCGUAGUCAAGUGCCCCUUGACCAACCUGAGAAUGACACUCAGAGAAUAGGACUCCUGAGUUUAUUCGUCACUUCCAGAACCUUCAGGCAUACAACCGAAACACUGUUAGAGUGAAACCAAGGCAGCCAUGAACCUGUUCAGGAAGGAUGCCAUGACCACUAAGAAGGAGAAAGAAAAAGAGAUCCAGUAUGAGGACCCUCCAGAUGGAGGUUGGGGCUGGAUGGUAGUGCUGCAUUGCUUCCUGGUAAACGUCCUGGUGAUGGGAACACUGAAGAGCUUUGGGAUCUUCUUCGUGGCAUUCCAAGAUGAGUUUGGAGGCUCGUCGGAGAGCAUCAGCUGGAUCGGUUCCAUCAUGUCAAGCCUCCGUCUGUCUGGAGCACCCCUUGCCUCUGUGGCCUGUGCCAAGCUAGGGGCCAGGGUGACCUCCAUUGCUGGGGCAGUGCUGGUUAGCGGAGGCUUCCUCCUCAGUAUUUUUGCCAACAGUGUGGUGUUCCUCUACGUCAGUAUGGGAGUGAUAGUUGGAAUGGGUUUUGCACUACUAUACCAAUCCUUCUCAGUGGUCACGGCGCUGUACUUCCGAAAGAGGCUCGCAACAGCUUAUGCGAUCGGGCGUUCUGGGAUGGGUUUGACCUUUGCACUUGCACCAUUCACUCAGCUGCUCCUGGACAAAUAUGCUUGGCAAGGGGCAAUGCUGAUUCUUGGCGGUCUCAUGCUGAAUCUGGUGGCCACUGGGAUGCUUCUGCGACCCAUCAAAGUGAAGCCUUCCAAUUUUAACCCUACCUCUUCUCCCAUCCAAAAGAGCCCUGCUGUUUCCCUUAAGAGCUCCUCAGAGAAGGAAUACACUAAGAGCUGCUUGAAUGGCUCCUCUCAUUUAUCCAAUGGUAUCUCUAAAUCAGACUCCUUCCCAUCCCCUCCUCCUCCUCCUCCUCACGGGGACACUGAGAACCUGGGGCAACAAUGUACUCAGGGACUCAAGGAUCAGUCAGUGAACCCUGAACUGACCAGGCUGGUCCUCAAUGGUGUGAACGGCCAUGAGCCCCACCAUGACUUAGGUCAGUGUAAACCCACAACUCCAGACCGCUCAGCGGAGCUCAAUGGCAGCAUGAAUGCAUCGACCAUUGUUGGAUUUCCUUCACAUGCCAGCACACCAAGUGAAGAGACCGUCAGAAAAGCCAAAGUACUGGAUUUCUCCCUGCUAAGGGACCCGUUCUUUUGCAUCUACACUUGGUCCUUGGUCUUCAGUCAGCUGGCCUACUUCAUCCCCUAUUUCCACCUGUCUGCCCGUGCCAGAACCCUGGGCAUCGAUGCCAUGGAUGCUUCCUUUAUCAUCUCUGUGGCAGGUAUCACAGAGACCAUUGCCCAGCUGGCCUCAGGCUGGGUGGCAGACAGGAACCUGUUUCAUAAAUACCACUACCACAAGGCCUACCUGAUCCUCUGUGGCCUGGUCAACCUGCUCUCCCCGCUGGCCACCUCCUACAUCCUGCUGAUGGUUUACGCUAUUUUCUUUGCAAUUUUCUGUGGUGGAUACAUGGCACUGCUGCUGCCCGUUUUAGUAGAUCUCGUGGGGUCAGAGAAACUCAACAACUCCAUGGGCUUCUCCAUGUUCUUUGUUGGCCUGGGUUGCCUGACAGGGCCUCCUUUGGCAGGGUUCCUGUACGACUACACUCAGACAUACGACUGUUCUUUCUACCUGGCUGGGCUCUGCUAUCUGCUCUCCUCCAUCUCCCUGUUCAUGGAGCCGUUGGCUCAACGCUGGAAAGCCAGGAACAAACUAACCAGGGACAAGAGAGCAGAGAGCAGCUGUAAGACCAAUGGCUGCUUCGCACCCGACCGCCUGCAGAACGGCACUGUGUAGGAAUGAAACCCAAGGAAGGCCUUCCAUCUUGAACCAGCAUGCUCAUAACUUGCCAUGUGCCUGCAUGCCUUGGACCUUGGACUCCAGCUUAAAGUAGUGACCCAAGUGGCCCUUAAUUUUCUGCAGGAGCAUAACACAGGCCAUGGAGAAGAAGGUUAUGAACACAGUAACACGAGGUCUAAGAAGAGGUGAAUAGAUGAUUAAAAAGCCAAAAUUUUGUUCUACAAACUGUUUUGUCCCCUAUUUUUGUUCUUAUCAGCGGCUCAUGCAUCCAAACCGAAGAUAAUUGCCCACAUACUGUACAUCAUCCAGCACAUUUUAAUAUUAGCAUAUUUGCAACCAUAACUUAUUAAAACGUAAUACAUAAAUCAGUUUUCCAAUGCACCAACAAAACAUGUCACUGCACAUGACAUGGCUGGAAACAAAGCGUCCUUUCUUCAACUAUUUUUUCUGUGAUGACAUUAAUAGAUGCAAAUAUCCGUGAAGGAAUACUUUCCCCCUGAUUUCUUUGGAAGCCUUUACCUGUGUCUGUAAACCUGUACUCACUGAUAUGCACUUUGGGCCAAGUUGUCAUUAUGCUGCAUGACAUUUCCUCUGACCUUUAACUGUCAGAUAGUUAGGAUACUGAGCAACCACUUAAUUGCAGCCUGCGUCUAUGACACGAUGUGUAAUCUGCUCUUUGAAGCCAAAAAGCAGCAACUGCUUCAGUAGUUUAACAUAGAAAAAAAGUCUUCGUAUCAACACGAUUAUUGUAGCCACGUGGGUAGAUUGUAUGGCAUGUGCUAGUAUUUUGAGGUAUUACGAUGCGCACUCAUACACUAGUAUUUAUAUCUUCUAAUUACUAUUCUGCCCGGUUUUUACCCAUUAAUUACAUCAGCUCACUUUCUCACGCACACACUAUUCAAACAUCAAAAUGUUCAGCCUAUUUAGGACAUCUGUACUUCUUUUCAGAUAGUUUGAUAUUUUUAAUGUUCAAAGUCUGACAUUUUCUUUUCCUCUGGAACCCCUUCAUAGCCAUCUCAUUCAUACUGCCAUCUAAAUACUACCCUUUAUACCUAAUGACAUGAGUUCUGUUUUUCAUACCUCUCAGUUUUUCUGGAAUCACAGUUGAAGCUUUAAACUUUUUUUUUAGAGCUUUUCAGAAGUUAUAAUGCGUGUGCUGGUGACACUGACUUCUGGCAAUGGAGCAUUCAAGGGCAGUGGGAAGUUGAGCUAAAAUCUCAGCUUCGUUCAGCACUUGCGCAUUAACAGACUCUUCAACUACUUUCGCAUAAAGUAACCCUUUCACUGCUUUGAUUUCAACCUGAUUUCAACGGCCUUCAGUGUCAUUGUUUGAAUUUCAAAAGACAAUUCGAUUUACUCACUUUCAGCAGUAAACAUAUCGUUUGACAUUCCAACUGCUUUCAUCUCUUACACUUCAACUGACCGUUCGACUACUUUAACCGACAACCAACUGCUGUCACUGCUUACAUACCAGCUAACACUCAAAACUCUCUCUUUUUUUACAGGGCUCACACUUCCAACUUGCUCUAGUACUUGAAUUUGUAUGUGCUUUCUUUGUUAACAGUUUAUCUGACAAUUGAACUGUCUUUUUCAGCAUUACACAUGAAAUUUGAAUUGUUUUCAUCUCAUAAACUUCAGUUGCUUUUAUCUUUUACUCGUCAGCUGUCAGUUUAUCCACAUUCAGCACUUGAAUACAAAUAGCUGCCGACAGGGAACAAACUUUAAAAUGAAAUUUCAGCUCUAACACUAACUGUCCUAACCGACGCCUCAACACCUUUCAAUGCUCACACUUCAACAAACAAUUCAAACAAUUUCAGUGAUUCAACUGACACCUUAACUCCUUAAAUCUCAUUUAAUGACAUUUCAAGCUGUUUACAGUGUUUGCACCUGCAGUUUUCAGUGCAAGCGAGCAUGUUUAAUUUACUUCAGAUUUUAAAAAAAAAAUCUAAACCUUAGCUGUGAAUUUUAAAUACUACAACAAACUAGAAACUGCCUUUCUCCUUUUGAAGGUCAGUAACGAUAAUACACAUUUAAAUAACUAAACAUUGACAUUAUGCAGUACUUGGCAGCAACUAUAGAUGAGAGACUGUUCACACCUUGCUCAUUGUUGGUGAGCUGUUCUAUGCAAAUGCACAGAGAGAGAGAUUUUCCUGUCAUUAACAGUUCACUUGCACCUCAUUUUAACUGUAGCAAAGAUGCCAGCUCCUGUGUGGUCGAGAUUUUUUGAUUGUGUGUCAUUUUAACGACCUUGUAUGUCUGUAAAUCUCUGGGUGUAACUGUGUUACAAAGAUGUUUUGUUGAUGAUUCCCACAUACAUGUAGAUGCAUGGUGCCCCAACUGGACUGGUAGGAAAACAGCUGCCCAGCCUUUACAGUGCCUGCAGGCAGCCAAUUAAUGGCAACGCAACUUAUAAUUAUUUUGUGUUUGUAUAUGGGAGUCUGUUUGAUGUUGAAUCUGUUUUUUUAUGUAGAGGAGGUUUUUGUGUUUUCAGUGGAUUCCUUGUUUUUCACCAGUUUGCCUUACAAGGUACUGUAAUGUAUCUUUACUAACUUCCCUGUGAUGUCAGCCAAAGACACAUUAGAAACCUACCUACAACUAGAAGCUUACUAUAUUUGGAAAAAAAAAAAGUUCAUAUAAUUUAAACCACUACAACCACCCUAUUGUUCAAUCAUUUCCAAGUCUUAACCGAGGACCCCAGAAUCCAGGGAUGGACAUGUUUUGUUACUCUGCCCUCUUGUGGCAGAGGAAUGCUUCUACUCAAAGAAUGCUGUCUCAAUUAGUACCAAAUUAUUCCUCCUCAACUCACUUUCACAAUACUGAGCAAGGCCUUUUGUAUUUGCUUCAAUAACAGUCAGUGCAGACAGUCAUGCACAAAAGCUCUUUUGGCUCACGAGUUGCAUUCACCACCAGUAUGCUUUUGUGACAGAGGUCCACUAUUUUGUACCAUAAUAAAUCUUAUAUGAAAAGUAUUUGCUUUACAAGUAGAUAUUGGGUUGGGAUUAUUUUUCUUGUUAGUUAUCUGGAUAUUUAAAGAAACGUAAGUUUGAGCUGUAUCUUGAAAGAAUGUGUAUGUCCCUUUGGUUAUGUCUCAAAUGCCACUGAUAAGGAACUGAGUUCUGUUUGAUGACAUUUGAUCUUGUGUUUAUGUUGCAGGAAAUGCAUUUAUGGGUAAAGCACUGUUUUGUCACUACUUUGGCUCCUGGAUUUGGGAACUGAUAGUUUAGAAAAUAUCCUUAACCAAUCAUAGAUAUUCUGUUCCAAGCCAUUAAAGUUCGCUUUGAUGCCUUGUAAUGGCGCGCAGUCAGCUGUAAUAAACUGACACAUGACUCAA